AUGUCUAUCCCCAAGGAACACGUUGCCUCAGUGACAAGCUCCGUCCAUCUUAGUGACAGUGAAAGAGAGGAAGUGAGAAAGAAUUGGGGCCAGAAGUGCGCUUUGUGCAGACACGCAGAAGAUACACAGUGCGCCCAUAUUGUUUCGAGAACCAUGAUCGAGAAUUACUCUCUUGUAUGGCUGUUCUGUACAGGAUUACUUGAACGAGGAUUCAAGAAGACCGACCAAGAGAAUUUUAUACUGUUGUGUAAAUCUUGCCACGCCCUAUAUGAUAACGAUGCACUUGCAAUCUGUCCGCCUCUCUCGUGGCUCCAGAAUGCCAUACAGAAGGAAUUAGAUAGGCGGGGUCAGCCAGAUGGGCAUGCCAAGAUCCGAACUCUACCUGAAAAAGAGGACGAGCCAGAUCAUGUAGUGAUCUUCUUCACGAAAUAUUCGGGAAGCCCUAACCAGAAAAAUGACCUUGCAAUUGGGGGGGUCCUAAACCGCCUCAGUGUUCUCAGUGAGCAUUAUGAGGACGAAUUCCCUCCAAUUAUCAGACAGGAGAGGAUUCGUGUUCCGCAGGAGACAUUAGUCACAUGGAGAGAAACUGAAGAUGGCCUGGUUGGAAUCCUGGAUCUUUCGAAUAUCGAGACCAAGCCACGCAUGGCUGUGCUUGCUGCGAAGAGCGCAUGCACAAUUGGAGGUUUUUGGUCACCUUUCAAGGUCGAACUUCCUGGAGGAAAGCAGGUCCAUAUGGCAUCAUGGGUAUAUCGAAAGAAAUUACUGGAGUUUCAUGAAGUUUUCGCCUUCAACAUCCCUCAAUAUCAAUCUUUGGAUUCCAAAGAUGCCAUGGCCCGCAUGCUGGCUCAGGCGACAACUCUAAUGGCCGAGGACAGCAACAACUCAUACGACAUCUCCACAUUUGCCGAUACAUCCUUCAACGAGGACGACGAGAGCAUCCCCGAUAUUGUGCCACUAGAGACUUCGAUGGAAACCCAAAUCCCAUCGACUCCUAUCGCCAUACGAGACCAGGUGAUUGACAUCCUCGAAAACUUCAGCAUCGAGGACAUCACCUUCAAUCAGCAUGCGCCCGCGUUCAUCAACGAUGUUGAUGACGACGAGGAUGAUGACGAGGAUGACGGUCUCCCUUCCGGGACCAUUUUACCUCCUGAAUUGACGUCGGGUAUCCAAGGCAGAGUAUUCACGACUCUGGGGGAUAGAGACUCAAAUCCAUCCGACAGGAACGCGGGCGGUGUACCUUCCGGGGAAGGGACGUUCCCAGGUGGCUCCCGCGGGAACCAAGGGCAGACCGCUCUUCCGCUCAGGCGUUCCACGCGCACCAGGAAGCGCCAGACAUAG